AUGUAAUAAUCUAAUGAUGUGAAAUAUUAAGACCUGAUUGAAAAAGGUCAAGAAAUAAUUAAAGAAAUCAUAAAUGAAGUGGAAAAAGAUUUUGAAAAGUUUUUAGAAUUCACAGAAAAACACACAAAGAAAGAAAUAAUAAUUUUAUGUGGAAAUACUGGAGCUGGAAAAAGCACAAUUUAUAAUUGGUUAUUGGGAGCUCAAUUUUAAAUAACUAGAAAUUCAUUAUAAAUAAAAUAGGCAAAUUAAGAAUUUAAAAUAUCUCCUUAAAGUUCAAGCAGCAUAUCCGUGACAUAAAAUCCAUUCUAUGAGUAUAUUUAAGAAUUCGAUCACAUUUUAGUAGACUUUCCUGGAUUUGAAAGUACGAAAAGUGAAAAUCAUCAAUUAUAUGUUGAUCUACUUUUUAAAAAGAUAACAAAUGCAUUUGAAACAAAAAUAGUAUAUGUAUUAGAGAAUACAAAAUUUAACUUAACAUAAAGAGGAAAAGAUUAUUAAAGCUUUAUUAUAGAUAAAAUAUAGUCAGAUACAAAAAAUGUAGAAAAUGUUUGUUUGAUUCUAAAUUAAUAUAAUGAUAGACCUUCUGAUGAUGAAUUUAUUUAAAAUGUUAAGGAUAUUCUUGAAAAAAGAAGAGAACUUAAAAAUUUACCAAAAAGUAUUUGUGUUAUUCGAUAAAUUCAAAAUGACAAUGAUAUAAAUGAAAUUUUAUCAGAAGAAAAGAGAUAGUAACUUAUUUAAAAAUAAGUUUAAGCAAUAAAAAUUACUUUAAGACCUACCAAUUCAGUUAAAUUAUAAGAAGGCUAAAUCAUAAACGAUUAUCUAAAUGUUAUGAGUUAAUUUUAUUUUACAAAUUUAACAAAUAUGGGAAACUAAAUUAAAAUGAUGAUAAAUUAAAAAAAAAUAUAGAUAACAUAAUAAUGAUAGAAUCAGGAGGAUAAAUUGAAUCUUUUAAUAUAUAAGAAAUAAAAAAAUUGUUCAAUUUAUAUAAAACUAUGAUUUAAACUUGCAAUAAUUAUAAUGAAAUUUUUGAUAAGGAUUUCAACAUUUUUGAGAAGAUUUAUAAUUAUUUUGAACCUUUUAACCCUAUGAUGAAAUGUUUUGAUUAAAUACAAUAACAACUUAAAAAUGAAUAAAGCAAUCUAGAUACAAUUAAUUAAUUAAUAAAAAAAAGUUAGGAAAAUAAUAAAGAAAUAUAAAUGAAAAGAGAUUAGAUUGCAAUUCAUAUAAAUGACACUAAAGAAGGUUCAGAAGGUUCCAGUAUUUUAGAGAUAUUUGGUUGGGGGAUUGGUUUGGGGAUUGGUUUUGUUGCGUUGGUAGGAGGAAUUUUAAUUGUCUUCUUUAAAAAAUGA